AAGCUGUGCUAUGGACGGGCAUAAGAACUAUGUAAUUUUAUAAUCAUAAUAUUAUUACCGGUAGCCUACAUGUAGGUAUCAAGCCCUUUUCACUCCAUGAAUUGCAGCCAUUUUUGGCGUUUCAUUUUAAUUACGAUAUAUUUUUGAUACAAACGUAGCCAGAGAUUGUAACAUGUGUGGUCUACAUUGUAAUUAUAAGCUUUAGUCCAUUUAUGGACAUUUAAAAUCAGGAACACAUAAAACUAAUGUGGCAAGGCAAAUUUGCCUAUUAAGAUGGAGCCAGUGACACUAUCUGCUGUCAUCAUGAUAACUAUAUUGUGUCUUUUUAUUUACAUCACAAGAUUGUAUCGACGGUACAGAUUAAAACAUUACGAUGUUCCUGCUAGAGAUAUCAAGAAAGGACACAAUUGGUUUAUGGUAGACAUAUUUACCAAGCCUACUUAUUGUAAUGUUGAUCAAUGCCAUAUUGUACAUGGAGCAGAAUGUGACUCUUGUGGUAUUUGUGUAGCUGAUCAUAAUAUGAAAAGAGCGGAUGUGGCUAUUCGUUGUAAGGAAUUAUGCAGUAAGAAAGAAAUAUAUUUUCAUCAUUGGGUAACUGGUAACCUCCCAUUGUGUAGUAAAUGUAUGGUUUGUAAUGAAGAUUGUGGGAUACAACCAAAACUCUCUGACAGUCGUUGUUGUUGGUGCUUUAGAACUAUCCAUGAUGACUGUGUUCCUCGAACCGAUACUUGUGAUUUUGGCAAAUUCCGACAUUUUGUUAUUCCACCGAAUUGUGUUGAGUUAAAAUGGAUUGGUAUGCGGAGUAAAUUGGCUGUUAAAACUGUGCGGCACCCGCAGAUUCCUCGCUGGACACCACUUAUUGUCAUAGCUAAUAGAAAAAGUGGUAGUAAAGAUGCUGAACAUCUAUUAAGAACAUUUAGAAGUCAUUUAAAUCCACUUCAGGUGAUAGAUCUAUCUGAAAAUAAACCAGAAUAUGCACUUGAACUAUGUCAUCUACUUCCUGAUAUAACAUUUACUGUUCUUGUCUGUGGUGGAGAUGGAACCAUUGGAUGGGUUCUCAAAGCUAUAGAAAAUCUCAAGUUUAAGAAUCCACCUAUGGUCUGUACUGUUCCCCUAGGAACUGGUAAUGACCUGUCUCGUGUGUUAGGCUGGGGUGAAGGUUAUACAGGAGAUAUAGAGGUUUCUGAAAUUUUAGAUGAAUUAAAAUAUGUUAAACCAGUCAAAUUAGACAGAUGGAAAAUUCAGUUCAGCAAUGAAAAACGAUUGGGUUUUCCAAUGCGUAAAAAGAUUAGAAUGAUGAAUAAUUAUGCUUCUAUUGGAGUUGAUGCUUUAGUUACCUUAAACUUCCACAGACAGAGAGAAAGUUUACCCUGGUUAUUUGCACAUAGAAUUAUAAAUAAGUUUUGUUAUUUUACAUAUGGUACAAAAGAUGUUCUGGAGAGAGAAUGUAAAGAUCUCCAUAAAAAAAUACAGGUGGAGUUGGAUGGGAAGCUGAUAGAUUUACCAGAAAUAGAAGGAUUAGUUAUAUUAAAUAUAUCAAGUUGGGGUGGUGGUGUCCGUCCAUGGCAACUUUCACCAGAUGAAGAAGAUUUCAAACCUGUCAGAUAUGAUGACAAAGUAUUGGAAGUGAUGGCUCUUUAUUCAUCUUUCCAUAUAGCACAGUUACAAGUUGGAUUAGCAUCACCAAUUAAAUUAGGACAAGCUAGUGAAAUAAAGAUUCGAUUGAGUGGAGGAAAUGCCCCAAUGCAAGUUGAUGGAGAACCAUGGAUACAACAUCCAGCAGAAAUCAUCAUAUCACAUCAUGGACAAGCAUCUAUGUUGGCUAAAAUGGAUUAGUAACAUAUUGUUUUAAUUCUGUUUAAAUUGAAUGAUGCAUUAUGUAAAAUUUAGAUAAAGAGCUGGACGUUCUUGCUGUAAUAGUUCAAAAAUAUAUAAUUCCAAAUGAAUAUAUUGAAAAUCUUAUUCAAUUUACUUUAUUCUGAGCAAAGUUGUCAAUGUUUGCAGUUUUGACCAGAUGUGUGCAUUGAUUGUUUGUUAUUGUAACCAUGGAGCUCGUUAUUCAUGGCUUAGUCUUGCUUAUCCAUUUUUAUAUGCCUACAUUGAAAUAUAAUGUGGUCGUAUAUUGUUGUUGCUCUCAUCCGUCAGUCUGUCCUCUAGAGGAUAAAUUUAAUAUACGAUCGAUCGACUUUAAAUUUAUACACAGUGUUUAAGGUAAGGUAGAGGAAGCCUUUUGAUUUUCAGUGAUUUCCAAUAAUUACUGCCACUUUGAAAAAUCUUGUGGACGUUCUAGAGGCUAAAGUUAAUAUCCAGUUGACUUUAAGUUUAUACACAGUGUUAACGGUCAUGACACGAAGAAUCCUAUUGAUUUGCAGCGAUUUCCGAUAAUUACUGCCAGAGCUAUGGCCCUUGACCACUUUGAAAAAUCUUGUGGAGG